CACAACCGGCUCCCAAAUGCUCGAAGCGCUUUUCACCGGUGAUGCAUGCGAAGCGUCCUUCGCUCGGCGGGUUGAUGCUUUUUGCCCCCCCCUCGCCCGUCUGGGCAUUGCCCCCCGCCGCAUAAAGCGACUGCGGGGGAAUUUGUGCGCCCUAAAAACAAGAAAGGAUAGGUACAUAGCUGCCAGCUUUUCCCUUUUCUUGCGAGGAAUCCUAUUCGGAAUAAGGGGAUUUCCCCUUAAAAAAGGGAAACGUUGACAACUAUGGAUGGGCAAAGCGCUUUCUGAGAGCGGGUCCCCAAAUGUGCACGCGCGCCUGUUCAAAAACGCGGCGGCUAGCCAGUUUUUUUUUGGGGGGGGGGAGGUUGCCCCCGGGGUUUUCAGUCGCGCCCCCAGCUAACUUGGCCUCCCACCGAAAAGGCAACAGUUCUUUGGACAUAUUAAGUAAUGGGAGGAUGAGGACCAGUCGUGUGAUUUAGAAUAAUACAGCAUCAGCUCAGGAAAGCCAGAAGUUUUGAAGGGAGGGGCAGCUGCCCCCCCACCCAUAAAUAAAGAUACAUAGCAAACUGAGGUUCUGCCCCCCUAAUAUAAGGCCUGCCCCCCCAACAAAAAUCCUGAAGCGAUUCUGGACCUUCUGUAAUAUGGUGCCCUAUGGAAGGCCAAACUCUGGCAACCCCGAGUGGAUCUUCUCCAGGGCUUUUUCCCCCCUGGCUGGAACUCGGUUCUAGCAUCUCUCAGGUGGGCCCCAUUUCCAUCCGAAGAGAACAUGGCAGCCGUUUGUGGGUGCAGUUCUGUAUUUGAAGGGCAGUCAGCGGAGAGUGCUCUGCUUGAAGGGCCACGCAAUCCCAGAUCUGGUUUGAAGAGGAAGAAGGAUAAGAACAGAGAGGAGCAGCCUUGAAGUUGACCAUCACCCCUGAGAAGACUGAGCUGGAACACAAGUCACGGGGUCAGUCUUCCCCAUUAUGUUGCCCGGAUGCUGAUGUAAGGGGAGAGCUCGAGAGAUCCCUUCAGAUUGCAGUGAGAGGAGGCGAAGGACCAGAGCAGAAGAGGCUCUCCACCAGCAUCUUUCAUCCACGGCAACAGCAGCACCAACAGCAGCAUCCUUGGCUGGACCAGCUGGAUGAUGCUGGUACCCGGACUGUAGCAUCCUUCAUCCUUCUCUCGCCUCCCUUUCCCUCCCUGAUGCCGAGAGCAUCCCCCUCCCCCUAAAUCCUUAAGGAUGCCGGCCCCGGUAUUGUCCCUAUAGGGGGAUAUCAGGGGGGCCUUGCCUUGCCGUGCCUCUCCCCUCCCCUCCCCUCCCCACCCCAAAUCCCCCGUCUCUUAUUGUUGCUCAGAAGGGUGACAGACAAAAGCCAUGUCCGGUGGCAAAGAGGCAGGUGGGGUCCACCCCUACCAGCCACAACAGAGCCAGCAGCAUGCUCAGUAUGUGGGGCCCUACCGGCUGGAGAAGACACUGGGGAAAGGGCAGACUGGUCUGGUGAAGCUGGGCGUACACUGCAUCACAGGGCAGAAAGUGGCGAUUAAGAUUGUGAACCGGGAAAAGCUUUCCGAGUCAGUACUGAUGAAGGUGGAGCGGGAAAUUGCCAUUCUGAAGCUGAUUGAACACCCCCAUGUGCUCAAACUCCAUGAUGUCUACGAGAACAAAAAAUAUUUAUACCUUGUCUUGGAACAUGUCUCAGGAGGGGAACUCUUUGACUACUUGGUGAAGAAGGGACGCCUCACACCCAAGGAAGCCAGGAAGUUUUUCCGACAAAUUGUCUCAGCUUUGGAUUUCUGCCAUAGCUAUUCUAUAUGCCACCGAGACUUGAAGCCGGAGAACUUGUUGCUGGAUGAGAAGAACAAUAUCCGGAUUGCAGAUUUCGGCAUGGCCUCCCUGCAGGUCGGAGAUAGCCUGCUGGAAACAAGUUGUGGUUCUCCUCACUAUGCAUGUCCUGAGGUGAUCAAGGGGGAGAAAUACGAUGGACGUCGCGCUGACAUGUGGAGUUGCGGAGUCAUCCUCUUUGCCCUGCUGGUGGGAGCGCUACCCUUUGACGACGACAACCUACGCCAGCUGCUUGAGAAGGUGAAGCGGGGGAUCUUCCAUAUGCCCCACUUCAUCCCGCCCGACUGCCAGAACCUCCUGCGGGGCAUGAUUGAGGUGGAGCCCGAGAAAAGACUCAGUCUGGAACAGAUCCAGAAGCACCCAUGGUUCUUGGGAGGUAAGAAUGAACCAGAGCCAGAGCAGCCGAUUCCUAGGAAGGUGGCCAUCCGGCGGAUUCAGUCAGUCAGCGAGCUGGACCCCGACGUGCUGGAGAGCAUGCACUCCCUUGGCUGUUUCCGCGACAAGAAUAAGUUGAAGCAGGAGCUGCAGACCGAGGGGGAGAACCAGGAGAAAAUGAUCUAUUAUCUGCUCCUUGACCGCAAAGAGAGAUAUCCCAGCUGCGAGGAUGAGGAUCUGCCUCCGCGCAACGAUGUUGACCCUCCUCGGAAGCGAGUCGACUCUCCCAUGCUGAACCGACACGGGAAGCGCCGACCUGAGCGGAAGUCCAUGGAAGUUCUGAGCGUCACCGAUGGCGGUUCUCCCGUUCCGGCCCGACGGGCCAUAGAGAUGGCACAACAUAGCCAGCGGUCUCGAUCUGUAAGUGGUGCCUCCACUGGCUUAUCCUCCAGUCCCCUCAGUAGCCCCAGGGUCACCCCCCACCCCUCCCCUCGGGGAAGCCCCCUCCCCACUCCGCUCGGCACCCCUGUGCACACGCCCAAAGAGAGCCCCAGCGGCACCCCGGGGACGCCGCCCAGCAGCCCAGGCGUGGCGGGCGUGGCCUGGAAGACCCGCCUGAACUCCAUCAAGAACAGCUUCCUGGGCUCCCCACGCUUUCACCGCCGGAAACUACAAGUUCCUACACCAGAAGAAAUGUCCAGUCUUACUCCAGAAUCAUCCCCUGAACUAGCCAAGAAAUCCUGGUUUGGGAAUUUUAUCAACCUAGACAAAGAGGAACAAAUUUUCGUGGUCAUCAAAGACAAACCCCUGAGCUCCAUCAAGGCUGAUAUCGUACACGCCUUCCUCUCGAUCCCCAGCCUGAGUCACAGCGUUGUAUCCCAAACAAGCUUCCGGGCCGAAUAUAAGUCGUCGGGUGGCCCCUCUGUCUUCCAGAAACCCGUCAAGUUCCAAGUCGACAUCAGCUACUCCGAGGGUGGGGAGGCGCACAAGGACAGCGGGAUCUACUCGGUCACCUUCACCCUCAUCUCAGGUCCUAGCCGCCGGUUUAAGCGAGUUGUGGAAACAAUCCAGGCGCAACUGCUCAGCACACACGACCAGCCUUCCGUGCAAGCCCUCGCUGAUGAGAAGAAUGGGCAGCAGUCCCGCUUGCCAGGCACUCCAACCCGCAGCUGCCAACCGUCUCGGCGCUCCGAAUCCGACGUCUCGUCCGAACACCAUCGACGCGGCUCCAAGGACAAGAAGCUCGUCUCGUCCAACGGGACUCAAGUCCAGCAACCACCACCCCCGUCUCCACAGCAGCCGUGACGUCUGGGGCAGGGGGGCAGCCUGAGGGCAGCUAGGGGGAAGAGCAGCCGAAGGAAGCCCACUCCGCGCCCCUGGAAAUAGCUGGCAGCCGCUCCAGAUGGACAGGAGGAGCCAACGAACCUGGACGGAUGGGUAAAAGGCCCUGCACCAGAGACGCAGGCAGGGGCGGGGCAGGGCAGGGCGGGGUGGGGGUUUGGUCCAAGUUUUAACAACUCCGUCUCACCCCACCCCCUGGGGCGGAAAGUCGCCAUCUUGGGAGCGGCCCAUACUGUGAACUUGUAAAUAGUUAACAACAACAACAACAACAGAAAACAAAUCUACAAAAGAACCGAAGGGAAAGAAAAGAACAAAUUAUGGAGACAAAAAGAAAGGAUGGCGGACUGGAAAAAAGAGAAAAGAAAACAAACAGAGGGGGGAAGGAAGAGGAGGAGCAAACCGGGCAGGAGCCGGUGGGGUUUGGGGUGGGGGUUUAAUCCUAUCCUUUUGGUUGGGGGUGGGAGUGGGAGGGAAAGUGGGUGUCUUUAUUCACUUGAGCCCUUUUCACAGACUCCCUCCUGAUUUCUGUUUUGGUUCUUUCCACAAGACAUUCUCUUUCUCCUGCUUUUCCUUCUGUGGCCUCAGAAAUAGUACACGCCCCCUCCCCCCGUAUUCACAGGUUCAUGGCGACAGUGACUAAAAUCAGGAGACAGAACUAGUAGCAGAAUUUUGGUUGAUGGUUUGUUUGUUUUUUAACAAUCAAGCGGAAUAUACAUUUUAUGAAAUGGAUAAAUAAAAUUGGUUGUCGCAGGAGAGAAAGUCAAAAACGUUUCCCUUCUGUUCCAACUUCUCUUUUAGUUUUCCUUCUCUGAGAAACUUAAUUAGGCUAAAGUAAGGAAAGCAUUAUCGCCAGUUGGCGUAAAGCUUAAAUAUCCAUUGGAACAAUGUUCAAAAACCAAAGUUUGAAAAAUGCCCCCCCCCCGCCCCAAAUCUGAAUUUUUGAAUAUAUAUGAUUUUUUGGAGUGGGUGGGUGUGGUUGUAACUAUUAAAGCAGUUUACUGAGAACUUUGCAAAUUUACACAAAGGAGCAAUUUGAAAAAUGCAUUUAAAGCCAAAAAUAACUUUGAAAGCUCUGACAAUGUCAGCAAUCCAUUUUUAACAAAUUGCUACUUUUUUUAAAAAAAAAGGGGUGUUUGCUCACCCACCAGGAAUAGUCAACAUUCCCAAAUUACCAUUCUUCGUGUUUUUAAAAUAUAGCCAGGGCUUUGUUUCUAGAAAAAUAGGUGCCAGUACUCAGCAUGAGUUGUUAUAUUAAGUGCCACACUUUUUAACAAUAACAAAAAGAGGCACUGGUACUGCAUACCCUGAGUACCCCCUGAAGAAGUCAAAGCACGGCUUAUGGCACAAUGUGACUGCUUGCAUUUUCCAUUCCCAUCCCUAACUUUUUAUUCCGACUAAGUGACAAAAGUAUCAGACUUAUGCAACCACUCAUUACAGUCACUGCUGGAAGGAUCUUCAUGAUUCCUUCAUAGACAGCGCAGUAUGAGAGCAGGAUUCAGCAAGAGCUGCAGAGGAGAGAAUGGAAUAGGCAGCUGCACUGACUUUGUUAGCUUAAAAAACAAACACUACCAGAAAGCCUUCAGUUUCCAACGUUAGAAAUAUCAUGGCUCGAAAUAGAAAAAGGUGUCUAAAACAAACCAGGAUCAGAUUUGAAUAGAUGUCUCUCACUCCUUUCAAAUACAUGUUCUUAUUUUAUGCAGGAAAUUUUAUCAAAGCCAUUUGGGCUACUCCUGUGUUUCUAACAAGAAAAAAAGAGGGGCACAGAUGAGUGAAGAAUACCCUCUACUAUCUCUUCCUGCUUCGCUUAUCACCCUACAUUAGGCCCCCCUUUCAGUAUUUUCAAAAGCUCAUCUAUUGGUCUGCUAAAUUUUCAAGGAUAUACCGUUAAUUGAGGCCUAGCUUCUGUCUCGUGUAAUUUUAGCAACCCCGCCAGAACUCCGGGUGGGUACAUGACUCCCCUCCCGUGUCCCCGCUCUCCCUGCUCCUUUUUCCCUAAAGCUGAGCACCCAUAUGCACAAGGCACUAUGAGGAGGGGGACAGAUGGAGGGGGGAGGCUUUCAGAACAUGCUGUGGUCUUGACAGAAGGCAGAGGGACCCCAGAGUCACCAGGCCAAAGACCUUAAUGGAGGCAUACUGGAGUGGCGUCAUGAGGCAGGAUUUCUGAGUGGCAUUCGCAAGAGUGCGGAGGGUGGGAGCUGCAAAAUUGGGAGCCAACGGCAGGAUCAAUGGGCAUCCAUCGAUAUGGGGAAGGGAGUCCAGGUUGGGUGACAGUGCAAUAGGGUGGUGAUGGUGGAUUUUGAAAAAAGCAGUCCUGCUCCUAUCCAUUCCUCCUCCAUCCCCCCCAUCCUGCUCUGGACGGCUCUCUCCUCUCAGCUGGGGGGGGGGAUGUGGGUGAUGGCGCAUGCGGGCGUGCAAAUGGGCAGGAGACAACUAUGUAACCUCCCCCCGCCACCCUCCUCCUGUGUCUGCCCAUCCUCUCUCCUUUUGUGAACCCAACCUUAUCUCUCGUGCACAUACAACAACCCCACAGCCCAUCUUCUCCCCACCCUUCUCUCUGGCUGUUCAACACCCCACCCCCACCCAAGCCUUUCAUCUCCGGGGGUCUAAUUAUUGCUCAGAAGAAAAAAAAAUACAAACAGACACUCAAAUGUU